AUGGCACCAUACCUCAUCGUCGCGGCCGUCCUUUUUGCCGCCCAACUAAUCUCCUCCACCUUCCGCCUCCUCCGCAAUGUGCAGACAGCCCGCCAUUCCGGCCUACCCUACACCUUCUCGCCCAUCCACGAGCUGGAAGGUCUCGCAUACCUAACCGACCCUCUGCUGCGACGGUGGUACCGCGACUACCUUCUGCAUGGCCGCGGCUGGCCGCGGUGGGCGCGCUUCAUGGUCAAGGACUGGCACUACGAGGACCGCGGCCGCGCUCACGCCGAGUUCGGCCCCGUCUUCCUGGUCGUGUCGCCGGGCGGGCUGGUCUGCUACGUCGGCGACGCGGAGACGGCCCUGCAGGUUGUGAUGCGGAGGAAGGCCUUCAUUAAGCCCCCUGAGAAGAUGAAAAUGCUCGAACCCUUCGGCCCCAACGUGGUCUCUGUGGACGGAAACCUCUGGCGCUUCCACUUGGGAAUCACUCUCCCGCCCCUGGCCGCGGACGGGGUCCACCGCACGGUGUGGGAGGAGACCCGGCGACAGGUGGACAUGAUGGCGGCGGCAAGGAGCCGUAGCGGCGCCGCCAGCACCGACGCCAGCGUCAAGACCAACAUCUACACCCUGACGGUGAACACCAUGUCGCUGGCCGCCUUCGGGAAGGCGAGCGACUGGGUCGACAGCCAGGACGCGGUGAGCCCCGGCCACGAGAUGUCGGUCGUGGGAGCCAUCCGCGGAGUGGUGAUGCACCUGCCUCACAUUCUGCUGCUGCCCAAGUGGGCGCUCCGCCGCUCGCCGUGGCAGGCUGCAUAUCGCGCGUAUGUGGAGUUUGAGCGGUAUAUGGAUGAGCUGUUGGCUUCCGAGAGGGUGAGGCUGCAAACGGAUGCUAGAGAGUCCAGCAGGGAGAACCUCCUCACGGCGGUGCUGCGGGCGAAUAUGGCGAAUUCUUCAACGUCUCAGGAGCCGACCAGGGAAAAGGGGGGUUCGAUCUACAACCCCAUCGGUCGAACGAGCUUGACAGAUGAAGAGAUCAAGGGGAAUGUCUUCAUUUUCCUCCUGGCUGGUUAUGACACGACGGCAAACACUAUGUGGUUCUGUUGCAUCGUGCUGUCUCUUUAUAGCGACAUCCAGGAGCGCAUAUUUGAAGAAGUCGACCGCAUCUGCGAAGAAGCCGAACGAGCUGGGCGGUCAGAGCUGUCCUUCACGGAUGACUUUCCCAAGUUUCGGUAUCUUGUAGCUUUCAUGUACGAGGUGAUGCGAGUGUUUCCCAUCGUGCUCCCCGUGGCUCGCGUCACAGUUGGCGAACAACAUCUCCGAGUCGGGACGGAUGAUUGGGACUCCAAAGCUCAAUCCACUGCAUCUCGGCAUGUUCUUCCGUCAGGAACCGGGGUAGUUGUCAACAACACGGCUAUCCACUACUCCGAGAGCAACUGGCCCAGCCCUGAAAUCAUCGAGCCGCGUCGCUGGCUUGUCAGCGAUCCCCACAAAGUAGACCCCUCUCGGCCGUUGACUGCAGAGCAGGAGGCAGAGACUCGGAGCGGCACCGUGCCGAUCCCGGGAUGCCGGAAGGGCACCUUCAUGACGUUCAACGAAGGGCCUCGGGCUUGCCUCGGCCGCAAAUUUGCCAGGGUCGAGUUCGUCGCCUUUUUCAGCCGUUUGUUGCAGAAUGGGAGCUGCUUGUAUGCAACCUCAUGGCUUUGCAACUGGGUGCUCUGA